GUUACCACGUUCAACUAGUCAGUUUACAGGCCUGUGACGAGUUCACAUCUUAUGGCUUCUAGAAGGACUCGUAAUGACAGGAAUCCUGCAAGAAAAAUUAGCAAUCCAUCUCAACCGCCUCAAUUUCCAUCGUUACAACCGAAACAUGGAGUCAAUGUCCACCCACUCAUAGAGGAUCAGAUCCUGUUCAUUGACAACAUUCUUACCGCGAAUGAAUGCAGGAUUUAUUCGACGUUCAUCGAUGGCCAGCCUUUAGAGCUAACGCCACCCAAGAAAAAGGGCGAGGCUGACCGAGUGAACUAUCGAAUGUCUGUAACAUCGCCAGAGAUGGCACAACGCCUAUUUGAUCUGCUCUCCCCUCACUUACCAAAUUUCCCAUAUCCUGGAUCUGCGAAGCGAAGAAACGGCCCAUCAUCACGACCGGUACAUUCAAUGAAUUCGAAUAUUCGAAUGUACAAGUACACGCCUGGGCAAUACUUUGGCCCACAUUAUGACGAUUCUGUGCACGAUCCGCAGACCGGAGCCAAGUCGGAGUGGACUCUCCUUGUGUACCUCUCUGGGGUAGAGGAUGAGGUCAAAGGCGGAGAGACCGUCUUCUACACGACUGAGAAAGGCAAAGGACGUCAAACAAUAAUCGCCCCACUGAGCCGUGGCACCGCUCUUUUGCAUCGGUAUGCAUAUAUCCUUACAUACGAAACAACUGACUCGAGUCCGGCAAGCGUUUGCAGCCAUGGGCAUGAGUGCUUGCUGCACGAGGGCUCUCCCGUCAUCGAAGGCACGAAGUACAUCCUCCGGUCAGACCUGAUGUUCAAGGACUGACCGACCUCUUUCCUGCAUUACGAUGCCUAUGCCCGAAGUUCUGGUAGAUACAACAUUACCGGAGCGCACAUUCACCUUCUUCCCUUAGUUC